AAACCUCUCAAAAUACCAAAAAUUUUUUUUUUCUUGUUUUGCCUCUUUAGAUCCAUUCUCUUUCUCUUCCCAUUUUGACCGUCAAAACCUAGAUCACCUAAUCCUCUCUAGGGUUGUCAGAGUUGCAGACUUUUUUUUUUACUGCAAAGGAACAAGCUUUUCCUUAUACUUGAAAAAACAAAAGAAGAUUUUCAGUGGUUUUUUUUUUUUCGUUUUUGAAGCUUUUAGGUUGUUUAAAAUUGUGGGUCUUGAAUAAUUAGAUUGGAUAAGUAGAGUAGAAGAAAAUUUGAGUGUAUAAAGAACUAUCAUUUUCAAGGGUGGUAUUGAAUUUGAAUUAGUUUGCUUAUCUUGGAAGGUUGCUUUUGGAAGUGAUUCUUUUUUAGUUUUUGUAAAGGUUGUAGUUUUGUUGAGUUUUCAGGAGCAAUGGGCCCUUACAUAUGUUCAUUUCGCUUAAAUGUUGUUGAAGAAAUGGGAUCUUGAAUAGAUUGGUUAAUUGCAUUGAAUAUUUGGUUUUUAGUAAAGUCUGUAGCUUUAUUGUGUGUGAGUGUGUGUGUUUUUUUAUUUUUUUUAAGAAAAAUGGGUUCUUGGUUAUACGACUGGUGAAGAAAUGGGAUUUUUUAUUAUGUUUGAAUUUGGAUGGAAUAUUGGGAUUUUAGUUUUUAGUUGAGUUUUUAAGCUUUUUGAGUGUGAUGGGAAUGGAUGAGGAGGAUAAUGUUGGAAAAAUAGAAUUUCUGAAGGAACGAAGGGUAGUUAGUCUCUUUAGAAGAACUUAAGAAGGUUUUGUUGAGGGGUAGUUUUGGUGUAUGAUGGGUUGCAUUUGUUGUAAGCCUUCUGCUAUUGAAGAUAGUAAAGAUAGUCCUAGAGAGAGGCCUUCGAUUAAAGCCUCAUCAGAUGUGAGGGUAUCAAGGGCUACUUCUUCGAGGAGGGAGGAAGCAUAUAGAGCAAAGGAUCGGUAUGAUAAAAAUGAAGGGAGGAUAAUGUUGAUCGAUAAACAAGUGAAUGGUUCGGUUCAGUUGCAUGAUGAGAAUUUGGAUAGGAAGAGGGAGAAGAUGGAGUAUGUUGUUAGUCAACAACCAGGGAUGGGUAGUGUUCCGAAAGCUGCGGAAGGAGAGCAGGUGGCUGCAGGAUGGCCUGCUUGGUUAGCUGCAGUAGCAGGAGAAGCAAUCAGGGGAUGGGUACCACGGCGUGCAGACUCAUUUGAGAAGCUGGAUAAAAUUGGCCAGGGAACUUAUAGUAAUGUCUAUAGGGCUCGUGACAUAGAUCAGAAAAAAGUUGUUGCUCUGAAGAAAGUAAGAUUUGAUAACCUUGAGCCAGAGAGUGUUCGAUUUAUGGCAAGGGAAAUUCACAUUCUACGUAGACUUGAUCAUCCGAAUGUUAUAAAGCUGGAAGGUCUGGUUACCUCAAGGAUGUCUUGCAGCUUGUACCUUGUGUUUGAGUACAUGGAGCAUGAUUUGGCUGGUCUGGCUUCUCACCCUGGUCUGAAGUUUUCAGAAUCGCAGGUUAAGUGCUACAUGCAGCAACUUUUGUGUGGUCUUGACCAUUGUCACAGCCGUGGUGUCCUACAUCGUGACAUAAAGGGUUCCAACCUUCUAAUUGACAAUAAUGGCAUCUUGAAGAUUGCUGACUUUGGCCUGGCUAGUUUUUAUGAUCCCCAUCAAAGUCAGCCCUUGACAAGCCGUGUUGUAACUCUUUGGUAUAGACCACCGGAGCUUUUACUUGGAGCCACUUACUAUGGUACUGCUGUAGAUUUAUGGAGUACUGGUUGCAUACUUGCUGAGUUAUAUGCUGGCAAGCCUAUUAUGCCUGGAAGAACUGAGGUGGAACAGUUGCAUAAAAUUUUCAAACUUUGUGGCUCACCUUCUGAAGACUAUUGGAGAAAAUCGAAGUUGCCUCAUGCAACCAUUUUUAAGCCCCAACAGCCUUAUAGAGGCUGUGUUGCAGAAACAUUUAAGGAAUUCCCUGCACCAGCUUUAGCACUUAUGGAGACCUUACUUUCCAUUAACCCUGCUGAUCGUGGAUCUGCAGCGUCUGCUCUCAAUAGUGAGUUCUUUACAACUAAACCUCUUCCCUGUGAUCCAUCAAGCUUGCCAAAGUAUCCUCCAAGCAAAGAGUUUGAUGCAAAAAUAAGGGAUGACGAAGCUCGAAGACAAGGAGGAGCAGGAACCAAAGGCCAGAGACCUGAUCUUGACAGGAGAGCAACAAGAGAGUCUCGAGCCAUCCCUGCGCCUGAUGCUAACGCUGAACUAGCAUUGUCAAUGCAGAAAAGGCAAGGUCAAUCCAAUUCAAAGAGCCGGAGUGAGAAGUUUAAUCCUCAUCCUGAAGAAGUUGCCUCAGGCUUUCCUAUAGAUCCACCUAGGCCAUCGCAGGGAGUAGAAUCAAAUGCAGAUGUACAGGGGAAUCAUCACAAGCGAGCGUCCCAUUCAGGGCCACUGGCUCACCGAGCUGCAUGGGCAAAGUCUGCGAAAAACCUGGAUGAUGCUCCAAAACUUUCUACUGGGGCUGACUUGUCAAUGAUGUCAAGUUUAGUGGCAGCAAGGAGAAGUAAUCUUAUAUCUGAAGAUCUCAGAGAAAGAUCUGGUUCUUCACAAUCAGAAGCUCCAAGAAUGACUGCAAGAUUUCCGGGGUCAAUUAAGGAGGCCUCAGAAUCCUUCAUCCAACAGGAUCCGAAACAUAAUGUGCAGCAGAAAGAAGAUGGAAGAAGUAGCAACCAAGAUCCUGUUCUGCUUGGUUAUGGGUCAAAGGGGCACAAAAUUCACUAUUCUGGUCCCUUAAUAGUUCCAUCAGGCAACAUGGAUCAAAUUCUUAAGGAUCAUGAUCGCCAAAUCCAAGAAGCUGUUCGGCGAGCACGCCUUGAUAAGGCAAAGAUAAGAAAAGUUCAGUUAGAAGGGAACCAAAUAUCAACCAAUUCAUUUUUUGUUUCCGGUCGUUGAGCUAAAUUUUGUGAACAGCAAAUCAAGAUGAGCAUUAUCAAGACUCAAGAUGAUCACUGCAAAUAAUUUGGCUGCUGAUUCUCUUGCUAAAUAUGAUCCAGAGUUGUUGGGUGGAUUUUUUUUUUUUUUUUGUAUAGAUUGGUGUUUUUAGGAAUAUGGCUAGUGGGCAUAUUUGGCUUAGCUUAUAGCUUAUUGAGAAAUCUCUGUGUGAUUAAUCAUGUGUAUUUCUUUCCACUCGGCAACUGUAAUUUGCUAAGAUAUGACCCAUUCUUGUAGACCUUAUUAUUAGCCAUAAGUUAAAAGCAGAGAGAUCUGAGAUUAUUUAA